UGUCGAUCUCCCCCUCCACAACAAUGAUGCCUCCUCUAUUCCCCGUAUCUGGUGUCACAUAUCCCCUAGGGAAGUUCCAACACUCCCAUCAGCACACUCACCCCCCACCAUGCGCCCCCUCCAGCCCUACCUCCUCCACAUCCUUCCUCUCCUCCCACUCACCCACAGCAGCAACACCAAUACCAACAGCAGCACCGACAUUCUCACCCACAUUAACCCACUCAUCGGCACCACCAACGGCGGCAAUGUCUUCGCCGGCGCGAACCUCCCCUACGGCAUGGCCAAAGCCGUCGCCGACGUGGACGGCCAAAACACUGCAGGCUUCUCCCCAGACAACAGCAACAUCACAGGCUUCUCGGCCCUCCACGACUCCGGCACCGGCGGGAACCCUUCCCUAGGCAACUUUCCCUUAUUCCCUCAAUACUGCGUCGAUGAUGUCCUCGACAACUGUCCCUUUCCCAAGUCUGCCCGCGCCGUACAUUACCAGAAUGGCUCGGUCGUGGCAAGGCCGGGGUACUUUGCCCUGACGAUGACAAAUGACAUACAUGCGGAGAUGACUACGACGCAGCAUGCGGCGCUGUUUCGGUUUAAUUUCCCGGAUACGGGGUUGAGUCCGAUGAUAUUGUUGGAUUUGACGGACUUGUGGGAGAGUAGGCAGAAUGCGUCGAUUAGUGUGGAUGAGAGGACCGGGGGGAUUAGGGCCAGUGGGACGUUUCUGCCCAGUUUCGGGGCUGGGGAGUAUGCUUCGUAUGUGUGUGUGGAUUUCGCGGGGGCGAGGGUGAAAGAUACAGGGGUUUGGGUGAAUGAUGCCGGGGGUGUGGAGAGGAAGGAGUUGUUUGUCACUCGGGGGUUUAAUAACUUCUAUCUUCAGGCCGGUGGGUUCGUGAGGUUUGAGAGGCCUGGUAAUGGGACGGUGAGUGUUAGGGUUGGGGUCAGUUAUGUUAGUACGAAGAAGGCGUGUGAGAAUGCAAGAGUGGAGAUUCCGAGUCCGUUGGAGGACUUUGAUGCGAUACGGGCAGCUGCGGAGGAUGCAUGGAGGGAGAAGUUGAGUCCUGUUGAGAUGACACCUGGGAAUACGAGUGCGAGUGCUGCCCUGCAGACUAUGUUCUGGACGGGCAUUUAUAGAACCAUGCUGGAUCCGCAGGAUCUGACCGGGGAGAAUCCCCUCUGGGAGAGUGCUGAGCCGUACUUUGAUUCUUUCUAUUGCAUCUGGGACGCCUUCCGCGCCCAACACCCUCUGCUCACCAUCAUCGACCCGACCACUCAAUCCCGCAUCGUCCGCAGUCUCCUCGACACCUACCGCCACGAAGGCUGGCUCCCAGACUGCCGCAUGAGUCUCUGCAAGGGCUGGACACAAGGCGGCUCCAACGCGGACGUCGUCCUCGCCGACGCAUUCGUCAAGAACCUCACAGAUAUCGACUGGAACCUAGCCUACGAAGCAAUGGUCAACGACGCCGAGAACGAGCCCCUAGAAUGGUCCUACCAAGGCCGAGGCGGGCUCCAAAGCUGGAAGACCCUGAACUACAUCCCCUACCACGACUUCGACUACCUCGGCUUCGGCACCAACUCGCGCAGUAUCUCCCGGACGUUGGAAUACGCAUACAACGACUUUUGCGUAGCGACUGUCGCCCGCGGACUAAAUAAGACAGACGACUACUUGAAGUAUCUUGCGAGAUCGACCAAUUGGAAGAACCUGUUCAAACCUGACCAACGCUCCUUCUUCCCGAAUGGCACUGAUACGGGGUUCGUGGGCUUCUUCCAACCCAAGUAUCGUAAUGGAACUUGGGCACAUCAGGAUCCGAUGGAUUGUAGUCCCCUUGCCACGGGGCCGACGUGGUGCUCGUUGACGAGUAAUCCGUCGGAGACGUUUGAAUCGAGUAUUUGGGAAUAUCAAUUGUAUGCCCCCCAACCCUCGUACCCAUAUCCCCCUUACCCUAAUCCCCCCAAUACAACAACCAACUACUACUAAUAAUAAAAAAUAAAUGGAUAGCUACGUCCCCCACGACCUCUCAACCCUAAUAACCAGCUACCUCUCCGGCCCUACCUCCUUCA